AUGAGGAUUGAAUUGCACUCUUAUGGUAAAUACAAUAGCAUCAGGAAGACAGCCUCUGACAGAGGGGUCGGGAGGGACUAUAUCAAUGGCAGUGUUGCAAGACCUCCGAGGAACCUCAUAAAGUAUUUCGAGAAACGGCGGACGCCAAAUAGCCUUUCGCUGGGCUGUGGUUCCGAAACAAGGACUCUUCAAAGCCGCUGCUCAUAUCCAUUUGGUUGCGCAAAAGGCGCUGCUGCUAUCUAUCAUCCUAGAAAACCCCUCCUCCUCCUCCUACUUACCUCCUGCUUUUACCACUACUCCUCCUACUUACCCUCAUACUUUUACCACUCCUCCCACAUACCUUCUGCUUUUACCACUCCUCCUCCUCCUUACCUUCCUACUUUUACCACUCCUCCUCCUACUUACCUACCUGCUUUUACCAAUACUCCUCCUCCUAUUCCCUCUCCAUCUUACCUCCCCUUUUACCACUCCCCCUCUUGCUUUUACCAAUACUGCUCCUCCUCCUCCUCUUCCUCUUCCUUCUUCCCUUCCUGCUUUUAUCCCUCCUACUCCUCCUCUUCUUUCUUCCCUUCUGCUUUUACCACUCCUACUCCUCCUCUUCCUUCUUCCCUUCUUGCUUUUACCACUCCUACUCCUCCUCUUCCUUCUUCCCUUCUUGCUUUUACCACUCCUACUCCUCCUCUUCCUUCUUCCCUUCCUGCUUUUACCACUCCUACUCCUCCUCUUCCUUCUUCCCUUCUUGCUUUACCAACUCCUACUCCUCCUCCUUCCUUCCUUCCCUUCCCCUUGCCUGCUUUUACCACUCCUAUUCCUCCUCUUCCUUCUUCCCUUCCUGCUUUUACCACUCCUACUCCUCCUCUUCAUCCUCCUCCGUUCCUUCCUGUUUAA